AUGGGUUUAAAUCUUGAAGUGGGUGAUAAAAUCAUGCAAGAAUAUGAGAAAAUGUGGAAUAUAGUAUUAAACCUGUCACAAGAUUAUGAUUUUGGAGGAUCUAUUCCUGUGAGAAGGACUUCUCAACAUUUUCUCACACAGACACAAACAUCAUCUAGAGCAUGCAAACACGAGAUUCCUAAAUUGGGGCUUAUCCCAUUGAAAUCGCAAUUUGUGGAAGAUUAUGCUGGAGACAUUUUGAAAGACUUACCUUUUCUAAGCAGUGAUGAUCCAGUUAUUACAUCUUUUAACAAGAGAAAAGAAUUUGAUGAGAGAAUACACUGGCAUUCUAACAGACUUCUAAGUGAUGAUUACAGCAUUGCCAAGUUCCGCAGUGAUGCUGAGUCCAGAGAUCCCAAAAAACAAAGGGAGAAACAGAAACUAUAUACCUUUUAUCAACAUUUUGGAGAAUCUUUGCUUGGAAGACACAGUUCAUUGAGAAUUAUAAACCAAGUGACUCCACCACCUCCUCCAAAAAAUACUUCUCAACAAAAGAAAAUAAAAUCAAAGAAGAGUAAUGCAGACAAAAUCAUUGAAGAAAACAUAAAGAGAAAGCAAGAAGAAAUUGAAAAAAAAGAACAAGACAGAUGGAAUUCCAUGUCUGUGUCUAUUGAAAAUGAAAUUAAAGAAAAUGUCAACAAUGGAAUAAAAAUUCUAGAGGAUUUUCUCAGUACUUGCAAUAGUAAUUCUGUAAAAUUUUUGGCUGAAAUUGUAGGAAUGGAAGCUUGUUUCAUGUCAUGGAUAGACCAUUGCCUAAAUGUAGAAGAGAAACACAAGGAUAUGAACAUUGCUGUUCAGCUAAUGAAAAGAAUCCACAUAAUACAUGAAAAAUACUCACAACUCAUGGAGAAGAAACACUGGAAAAAGUUAGCUAAAUGCUUAAAAUAUCUUGGAUUUCACAACUUGUCAGACUCUUUGUGUUCCCAGGUGAAAAAUUCAGGCACUGAGGACAUUUCCAAAUAUUCAGUUCAGAUGGGAGCAGCUCGAUUUCAACUAAGUCAUAUGGGCCAUUAUUUAUUUCGAGAAGAAAGAAGUGAUCCAGAUCCCAGAGUGCAUCAUUUUAUACCAGACACAUGGCAGCGGGAGCUUCUCGAUGUUGUAGAUAAUAAUGAGUCAGCUGUGAUUGUUGCUCCAACUUCAUCAGGGAAAACAUAUGUCUCCUAUUAUUGUAUGGAGAAAGUCUUGAAAACCAGUGAUGAAGCAUUGGUGGUAUAUGUUUCACCUACAAAGGCUCUUGUAAAUCAAGUAGUGGGAACUGUCUACAGUUUAUUCAACAAAACAAAGCCUAAAGGAGGUGCCAUAUGUGGUGUUUUCACACGGGAUUACCGUCAUGAUGUCAUGAAUUGUCAGAUACUUGUGACUGUACCUCAGUGUUUAGAAAUCCUUUUGUUAUCUCCUCAUCUCCAAAAGUGGGUCAAAAGAAUUAGAUAUGUAAUAUUUGAUGAGGUCCAUUGUCUUGGGGGAGAAAUUGGAGCAGAAAUUUGGGAACACCUCUUGGUUAUGAUCCGAUGUCCCUUUUUGGCCCUUUCUGCCACCAUCAGUAAUCCUGAAUAUCUCACAGAGUGGUUGGCGUCAGUUAGAAGAUACUGGCAAAAUUUUGAGACCACAACAGAAAACUCUACUUCUUCAAAAAAUACCUUGAAAAGUUCAAAGAAUCAUAAAAUUUCAAAAACUGAAAAGCUAUCAUAUAGAGUUAGACUAGUACUCUAUAAAGAGAGAUACAAUGAUCUAGAAAAGUAUGUAUGUUCUCUAAAGGAUGAUGACUUUGUCAUUAGCCAUUAUCAUCCAUGUGCUGCACUAACAGUUAAUCAUAUAGAGAAAUAUGGAAUGCCUUUAGACCUAGGAUUUUCUCCCCGAGAAAGCAUACAGCUUUAUGAUGCCAUGGUACAAAUUUGGCCAGGAUGGCCUAGAGUACAGGAUUUUGAACCUGAAGAAUUCAGCUAUUUCAAAGACAAAGUAGUAAUCACAAAGACAGAUGCAAAAAAAUAUGAAGAACAAUUGAAGGAGGAAAUAAUAAACUGGAUUCACUUAGACAAAGACAAGGUGAAUCAGUUAUUGAACUAUCUUAAGCCUCAAACUUUUGACAGUGCUGAAAGACAAAAAAAAUAUAAGUUUGCAAACUUUGUUGAAAAACUAAAAGAAAUAGACAAGCUGCCUGCAAUAUUUUUUUCAUUCAACAUUCACGAGGUAGAAAACUUAGCUUUUCAUGUGUUUAAGAAUAUGAAAUUCAAACAAAACACAUACCAAAGUUUAGAUGCUGAUAAAGAGAUAAAAAAAUUGAGAAGGGCACUGUGGAAAACAAGAAGAUCUUUAGACGCAAAUAUUAAUGCUUAUACUAAAAAAAAAUCAAGAAUUAAAGCUGAGAAAAUUUUUCUCUGUUUUGCUGAAAUAAAAGAAAUAAAGAGAAAAUUUAAGAAGCUUACUAAAGUUCCUGCUGAAUAUUCUUAUAUGAAUCCCAAUGCAGUGGAUCAUGAGACUCUAUGGAAAAUAUUCCAUAGAAUCAGAUUUGAAAGAAAUAGAGCCAAAGUGAAAGCUCUGGCAUUGCGGGGUAUUGGAUUUCAUCAUAGCUCAAUGGCGUAUAAAGAAAGACAAGCUGUAGAGAUGCUUUUCAGGCGAGGAUACAUCAAGGUAAUAUCAGCUACUGGAACACUUGCCCUGGGAAUAAAUAUGCCUUGCAAAUCUGUUGUCUUCACAGAAGAUUCUGUCUUUCUUGAUGCUUUGAAUUUUAGACAGAUGUCUGGUCGUGCGGGAAGACGUGGUGAGGACCUUGUAGGAAGUAUAUUCUUCUAUAACAUACCAUUGCCUAAAGUUCAGAGAUUAUUAAAAUCCAAUGUUCCACGCUUAAGAGGCCAGUUCCCUUUAAGCAUUUCCUUGAUUUUGAGACUCAUACUUUUGGUGACCAAAGCUGAUGAUAAGGAUGAUGCUAAAGCAAAGGCAUUAUCUAUAUUACAACAUUCAAUGAUGUCCUUUGAUAAACCAAAGAUGAAAGACAUGCUGAAAGUGUACUUCAUUUUUUCUUUGCAGUUUCUGUUCAGAGAGGGAUAUCUGGACCAAGAAUGCAUUCCCAGGGGAUUUUCUGGGCUUGUGAUCCAUUUGUACUAUCAUGAACCUUCAAACUUUGUUUUGGUCAGCUUUCUUGAAAAAGGAUUAUUUCAUAAAUUGUGUCAGCCAAUGAAGCAGAAAGGUCCAAAAGUAUUUUCUGAAGAUGUAAUGAAAACUUUAGUACUAAUAUUAGCACAUCUUUUUGGGAGAAGAUAUCUGCCUUCCUGUGCAAAAAAAUACAAGAAAAUUUUUUCUCAAUCAAAGGUUAUUUUAGAUGAUCUCCCCAAAGACUUUGCCAUUGCAAUAGAAGAAUACAAUAACAAAAUUGAGAAUGAUUUUGGUUCUUUCCUUCUUUUGGUUUCUAAGCUGGCUGACAUGAGCAAAGAAUACCAAUUACCUCUAUCAGAAAUUGAUUUUUCAGGUGAAGAAUGUAGAGACUCUGAACUGGUGUCCCAUUUGAUGCCUGGUACUGAAAACAGAAGUGCUGUCUCACCAUUUGCUUGCCUGUCUGAAAUAGUUGAUAAAGAUCUAUUUAAUAUUGACAUGGUAAAUGAUAUCAUGUUACGCACAAUUGAGGUGUAUGCUGAAAAUGCUCCUUUUCUUUGGUUGAAGAAAUAUGACAGAGAUGGAAGCAGGCGUCAUCUGAAUGCUUACGCACUUGAUUUCUACAAGCAUGGUUCUAUGACAGCAUUGACAAAAGAUAAUUGGCUAAAUUGGGGAGAAGCCUUUACUCUUAUCAAGGAUUUCACACUUAUUACUCAAACUAUCAGGAUUUCAUUAGGUGAAUUGUGUGAUGAUGAGCAAGAUGAUGUGGUGCUGGCUUUUGGACAACUUCAUGAAGCAUACUGUAAAAAAUUGUAUAAAAAAGAAUAAAAAAGAUGAAGUCAUAGAAGCUAAAACAGACAAGGAUUGCAUAGAAAUUGUGCUGAAUUGUUGAAUUCUCUUAAUUUGGAAAAUAAUUAUUUAGGAAUAUUAUCUAUAUCUAUAUAUCUUUAAUGUCUAAAUUCUCAAAAGGUCUUCUGUGAAUGAUUGCCU